GCGAGAUAAGCUACGUCUCGAGUGUCACCUACGCAUAGCCUCUUGACGGCGACAGGCCGUAUAUUUUGUAGAUUGGCCGUGCGUAGUGCGUAGCGAAUUGGUCGAGCGUUUUGGAAGGCACGUGGAGGCGUUCGACAGUCAGUCGAACUAGAACGUUCAGAGAAUAAAGGUCGUAAACGAAACCCUUGUCUUUUUGUCCUACAGCUUCAGAAGUGGGAUCGUACAUCGUUUUGCUGUUUUCGGAACGUUCAUUAUUGUUUGUGUCGUUGUAACAGUCACGGUUUCGUUUUGUCGUUUCCGGAAGCUUUGUGCGGACUGCUAUCGACGAAAUGGAUUUGAAUUGGAUACGUUCGACUCAUUUGAAUUUGAACUUGUGUGGACGGAACAUUGAAGUUUUGAAUUGAGGUGCUUGUAACUGAAUUGUGACUUUGUGUUUUGACUUCCUGCGGUGAUUUGGAUAUUUACUAGUCGCCAUGGGUGAAGACCGCGUGCCAUUUUUGAAUUCGUGCACAGUGCAACAGUUGAAGGAAUUUGCAAAGCGGCUGGGUAUUCAUACGAGUGGUUCGAAGGCCGAGUUGGUUGCUAGACUUGCUGUUAUUGAUGAGGCUUCUUGGAAAACGAUACCAGAGGGUACCGGCCGGUCGGCUGGUCUACCAAGGUUGGAGGAUGCGCCCGAAUCAGCGGUAUUUGUGCCGCCGGAAAAUCGAGGUGAAUCUUUUCAGCCGAGUAACGAGGCUUCGGCAAGUUACCACCGGGAUGUGGCCGGCGGUGAAUGCAGUGAUGUGUCGGAAUUAACGCGCCGCGAACUAGAGUUGUUGCGGCGGGAAAAAGAGGUGCUCGAGCGUGAGGUGAGAAUGUUGCGAGGAAGCGUGGACGUUACCACCCCCGCGACAGGUGCUGGAAGUCGGGUUUCGACGAUUGGAAUACGUGCGAUCGCCGAUCUUUUGCCGGACUUUAGUGGGGAAAAGGAUGGGUUUCAAAAUUGGAGGACCCAACUUGAGCUUCUUCGCACGACGUACAAUAUCGAUGAACUAACAAUGAAAGUGUUGAUCAGUUUGAAAGUUAAGGGAAAGGCUCAGGCCUGGUUUCACUCGCGACCGGCGCAUCUGCAACUCGGAGUUGCUGAGUUGCUUGAGAGCAUGGAUCGCAUGUUUAACCAGCGUCCAAAUAAAUUGAAGCUACGUAAAGACUUUGAGAGGCGUAAGUGGCAGCCAAACGAAUCCUUUGCGGAUUACUUUCAUGCGAAAACGAUAUUGGGAAAUAAGGUGCCAAUUGAUGGUGACGAACUUGUUGAUUACGCUAUUGAUGGCGUGCCAGAUGUUCGUUUACGUAACCAAGCUCGUCUGCAACGUUUCAAGACACCGGAAGAUCUGUUGGAAGGGUUCGAGAACUUGUCACUUGGCCCUGAACCGAGGGAAUACGAAUGCCGACGGGAGGAGAAGAAGGACAGUACGGAGAAGAAGGACAGUACAAAACUGUCUACGAGAGGAGCGGCUGUGUCGACGCGUCGGAAUAAUGGUGUACGGUGUUAUAAUUGUUCGGAGACAGGUCAUUUUUCGAGUGCGUGUCCACGACCAGCGACGCGGGAAAGAGGGUCAUGCUUUGGAUGCGGCAGUACACAGCAUGGGAUUCGAGAUUGUCCGAAGGGAUCACCAAAACCACCAGCCCUAGGAAACACGACCAACAUUGUUGAGGCGGAUACGAAGAUUGCUCCGUACGUAGUAUCGUUGUCAUACGCAGUGGCGGAUGGACUUGGUAAUGUUUGCACUUCUGAUGUUGUCGCGAUGAUAGAUUCAGGUUCUCCUAUUAGUCUAAUCAAAGAGGAUUUUGUUCCUCUUCGCGCGCGAAAACCCAUUGCUGAGGAUAGUAACACGUUUUACGGCAUUAACGGAUCAAAAUUAAAUGUUUUGGCGUUAUUUCCUACUGAUUGUACUGUUAAUGAUGUUUCGGUAAAUCUUAACUUUUAUGUAGUACCCGAGGGCACGAUGAAUUGUGUCGCAUUGUUGGGAAGAGAUUUUAUGGCGUCUCCUCAUAUUUCUUUAUCGUUAUAAGAGACCGCGGUAGUUUCUAAGGUAAAUUGUAA